UUGGUGGAUUGAAGUGUGUGUUGAUCUCUGUUUUGGUAAGCGAAAGAAAGCGAAGGCAUGACGGCGACCAGUUACGACAGCGUUAAAAAGAUCUGGUCGGGACCCAAGAGCAAGGAAUACUAUGGACCCGACAUGACACUCGGCGAGGUGGCGCUGCUCAUACUCAAACUGCACGCGGACAAAGUGAUGCAGGUCUUUGAUCCAACGGGGGAAGCUUUAACAGGAGGUCAGCUCUAUGAGCAGAGUCGUCUGCUAGCUCACGCCUUUCAGCAGUUGAAGCUGCACCGUGGCGAUGUUGUUGGGAUUUCUGCCACCAAUACCACUUACCUCACCGAGGUGGUUAUUGCAGCGCUGCUCAAUGGCAUGCCUAUCAAUCCACUGCAUCCGGAGUUCGACAAGGAAACUGUCGCUUAUAUGUAUGAGAUCACCAAGCCCAAGGUCAUCUUCUGUGAUGUGGACAACUACGAGACCUUGGCGGCUGUUAAGCAAAGUCUCAAAUUCGAAACUGAACUCAUUUUGUUGAGCGGCAGUUUGCCAGGCGUGCGCAACAUUCAGGAUAUGCUCAGAGACGGCGCCGUUGGCUACGAUCCUACCACACUCUUUGCCUGCCCACAUUUAAGUGGCGACGACACCGCUUUUAUCAUCAGUUCCUCCGGUGUAACCGGUUUGCCAAAGGGCGUCACGCGCUCGCAUCGCAGUUUAUUGAACAACACCAAAAUUCCACAGUUGUUCACAGCUAAGACGGUGAUGUUCUGCUUUAGCCCGCUUUAUUGGGUCUCCUGCAUAUUCACGCUCUUCGCCUCGCUGGUCAAUGGUUGUAAACGCGUGAUCACCAAUCGUCCUUUUAGUGCCACGUAUUUUGCGGAGCUAGUUGCGCGUCACGAGAUCAACUUUGUGCUCACCGUGCCACAUCACAUGGCUCUGCUAGCAAAAUCGCCUCAGGCGGAGAGUUUGCUGCCUAAACUGAAGUCGCUGAACUCGAUUGUCUGCAGCGGUUCCAAGUUGCCGCUUUCGAUCUGGCGACAGCUUUACCAGCUGCUCGGCAGUGAUCGCUUUGCUGUGCUUUACGGUCUCUCGGAGAUCGGAGGUGUGAGCAAGAAUGUCGGUGGUCCACUUGGUAGUGAAGGGAAACUGUUACGCAAUGUGCAAGUGCGUCUGCUCGAUGAGCAGGGCAAUGCCCUGGGUCCCAAUCAGACGGGUCACAUUCAUAUACGGCUCAAUCAACGAUGGGGCGGCUACUAUCGCAAUCCGCAGGACACGCAGACUACACUCUCGGCCGAUGGACAAUGGCUACUGACUGGCGAUCAUGGUUACUUCGAUGAUGAAGGCUGUCUGCAUUUCCAGACCCGCGACACGGAUGUGUUUCGGUACAAUCACUUUCAGAUCUAUCCAAAGCAGAUCGAGGAUGUCAUUCUCCACUUGCCGGGUGUCCACGAGGUGGGCAUCUUUGGCAUACCCGACGACAUCUCCACGAAUCUUACUGCCUGUGCUGUGGUGCGAGAUCAGGACGAGGUGGGACAAAAGCUUACAGCGGAAAAGAUCAGCGGCAUUGUGGAGGAGCAUCUCAGCGAGGCUUUCCAUCUCCGUGGCGGCGUUUACUUUGUGGACUCGCUGCCCAAGACCACGAAUAAGAAGAUACAGCGACGUCGCAUUCUAGCUGAGCUUAAGAAUAAUUCUAGUUCCACCCAUUUAUAAAUACAAAGUUGUAAUAAAAAUAUA